AUGGUGGAGGAGGGCGGCGAGGAGGAGGCGGAGGGGGAGAGCGCGGAGAUGCCGGCGGCCGCGGCCCCGCUGCAGCGCUGCAAUGGCUUCCUGCCCGGCAAGGAGGCGGCGGGCGGCGGGGAGCAGCCGGCCCCGGCAGCCCCGGCGGCUCCGGAGGCCGAGGCGAUGCUGGCGGCGGGCGGCGGGCGGCCGGAGACUCGGCUGUCGCGGCGGCGGCUGGCGGUGCUCGCCGUUUUCAGCUGCUACUCGCUGGUGAACGCCUUCCAGUGGAUCCAGUACAGCAUCCUCAGCAACGUGUUCGCCGGCUUCUACGGCGUGUCCUUCACGCAGAUCGACUGGCUGUCCAUGGUGUACAUGGUGGCCUACGUGCCGCUGAUCCUGCCGGCCACCUGGCUGCUGGAUGCCCGCGGGCUGCGGCUCACGGCGCUGCUGGGCGCGGGGCUCAACGCGCUGGGCGCCUGGCUCAAGUGCGGCAGCCUGGCCCCGCAGCGCUACCCGCUCACCCUGGCCGCCCAGGCCGUCUGCGCCGUCGCCCAGGUCUUCAUCCUGGGGCUGCCCUCCCGCAUCGCCUCCGUCUGGUUCGGCCCCACCGAGGUCUCCACCGCCUGCGCCGUGGCUGUGCUGGGCAACCAGCUUGGUACUGCAAUUGGCUUUUUGUUGCCACCUGUUUUGGUCCCAAAUACACCGAAUGAUAUUGAUCUUAUGGCACAUAACAUCAGCAUCAUGUUCUAUGGAACUGCAAUAGUGUCCACACUUUUGUUCUUCCUAACAGGAGUUGUGUUUGAAGAAAAGCCCAAAUAUCCUCCCAGUCACUCUCAAGCAGUCCUGCAAACUAAACCUCCUGAGGAUUACUCCUACAAGCAGUCCAUUACUAACUUGUUCAAAAAUAUUCCAUUUAUACUUUUGCUGAUCAGUUAUGGUAUUAUGACUGGGGCAUUUUAUUCUGUGUCCACAUUGUUAAACCAGAUGAUAGUAGCUCAUUAUGAGGGAGAAGAAGUGAACGCUGGGAGAAUUGGCUUGACACUGGUGGUGGCAGGAAUGGUGGGUUCGAUUAUUUGUGGUUUGUGGCUGGAUUACACUAAAACAUACAAGCAAACUACUUUGAUUGUUUACAUUCUCUCUUUCAUUGGGUUGCUGGUAUUUACCUUCACCCUGGACCUUGGAUACCUUAUAGUAGUGUUCGUGACUGGAGGAGUGCUUGGGUUCUUCAUGACUGGCUAUCUUCCGCUUGGGUUUGAAUUUGCUGUGGAAAUUACAUAUCCAGAGUCUGAAGGCACUUCCUCAGGUCUCCUUAAUGCAUCAGCACAGAUAUUUGGAAUUGUCUUUACACUUAUUCAAGGAAAGCUCACAACAGACUACAGUCCUCGUGCAGGAAACAUCUUUCUUUGUGCUUGGAUUUUUGUGGGCAUUAUUUUAACAGCCUUAAUAAAAUCAGAUUUGCGAAGACACAAUGUGAAUUCAGGGAUUAUAAACCUGGACAUUAAAGCUGUACCAGUUGACAGUCCUGUAGAACCUGAAAGCACUACAUUAAAGAUUCAGUCAGCUUUAUAAAGCUGGAGGAAGGUGACUUAGAAACGCACAAAUUUGGUUACAUAUGGAACAAUAUGAGCUAGUGUAAUCACUGGAUUUGUGUGUAUGAGUAGUAAAAUGUGUAUGUGUUUGUUGAUAUUGGUGGUAGGUGUGUGUUGGAAGCUAUGAAGAUGCUCAGUUCAUUUUGCCCAAGAUGCAAA